UUAACCUUGUAGGGAGAAAUAUCACUGUCAUAUUUACACUGUGAUAGUUCCUGGUUUAGAUUGCCACUAGGCUAUUUCUGGCAGCUUUCUCAGUGUAGUAUAACUUAGCAAACUUUCCUAAUCAUUACUCUUCUCGUCUGUUGAUGAAAUAUCACAUCCUUGUUUUAAUUCGUCGUACUACUUUCAAAGCAUCUGACUAAUUUACCGCUUGGUUUUUAUUUUGAUAUGUUGGACGACUCAUGUGAAUCAUCUGAUGGAUUGGACAAUAUCUUUUCAGAUGAUUUAUGUAAAAUCUCUACCCUCGAAGAGGCAGGAGGACUACCCACGUUGUGUGGUAUUUGUGAGAAGCCAUUUUCUAACCCGGUUAUUCUGAGUUGUUUGCACAUAUAUGACCGUGAUUGUGUGCGGAAUUUUGAGAAAAAUGAUAGCAUGGUACCGUACACUAAGUGCCCACGAUGUGACACGUUAUCUGGGAGUGUCAAAACACUGGAAGCUUAUGAUCUGUCAGUUGCUCAAAUACGCUCUGAAGGUGAUGGUUCUCAGAAAGUAAAUGGUGCCUCCGUUAAAUGUUCGGUGUGUACUGAUGGGAACGAUGCUCUUUACCGAUGUUUGCAUUGUGCAGGGACACUAUGUGAAAGGUGUCGCGAUAUUCACAAGGUUAUGAAAGUUUUUUCAAAUCAUGAAAUACUUGAUUUAACUGAGGAAGAAAAGGGAAAUGCAGAGAUUUUGCAGCGGAAUAUGUUGAACACUAAACCAGUCAUGUGCACAAUUCAUCCGGAAUCUACCUUCACAUCAUUCUGUUUGCAGUGUCAUAUUCCUCUUUGUGAGACCUGUUUUGAGUGCGAACACAAAGGACAUAUAACAAUCCUUCUGGAGUUGGUACCCACCCAUAUUGACUCCCUACUGUCAGAUAUGGUCGAUUGUUGUCGACUUAGGCAAAAAGACUUCCGCGAAUCCAUUGAGACGAUGCAUGGUUUACUUUCAGAAUUAAGUACAUCCAGAGAUGCGAAUAAAACAUUGAUAAUCAAAACGUGUAAACAGUGGAUAACAGCCAUCGAAAGAAUCAAGGAUCAGUUUAUCCAUAGGAACCGAGAAAUCCAUGACGAUUUAGAGAUGAAAAUAUGGUCUCGAAUUAACACCAUGAGCAAGACUGUGGAUCAUGUGGAUUUCGCAUGCGACUUUGUGAAAGUUUACCUUAAAAAAUGUUCCAAUAUUGAAAUAUGCAAACUUUUUAAGAAUGUGCUUACUUGUUUUGACAAGUUAUCAAAACAGCAAGUCAUCAACGAUCUCCCAGCCAAAGUUAUUUUCUCACCAGGAAUAUCAAAUGUUUACGACGCCAUCCAUCAGCAAUUCGGCACCUUCAGUUGUGGCAAUGGAUUAGACCAAGAUUUACAACAUGUUUCUGAUUCUGGCUUGGAAGCAUUCCAAACCUCGAAUUCCCGUAUAGCUGUUUUAGGUAGUGUAGGUGAUGUAACCAAUGAUCUUAAACAACUGACUUUGAAAGUUGAUGGUCAUUUGGACUCGGAUUCUCUUACAAACUUAGAUCAUUCGGUUACGAUGCAUUUACCGCCAAUUAGUCCAGUACAUCACGACCUCACGCGUGAAAAUAUCAAUCCAUCUGGAAUUAACAACGGACAUCUAAAUAACUACAUAUCGAGAUCUAGUAAUCCAGGUGCUCCAGUUCGUCAGACUAGUAAUUGGUGUGAUUUGAGUGUUACUUUGCCCAGUCUGGAACCGUCCGAGUUUUUGUGUAACGUAACACAAGUCGACCCAGUUUUCAGCAAUCCUUUUAUUACUGAAGACAACUUGAGGGCCCCAGGAAGUAAUGUGCCAUCGUUAGAUGUGGAUUCGGGUCUUAUUUUAAAACAAAAGCUUCCUGUCAACUAUAAUGCAACCCUAUACGAAUACAGUCGGAUGAGAGCGGCUCGCUGUUCACAAAUGAAUCUCUUAACAAAGUGGGGUUCUCUAGGUUGCGAGUUGGGACGCCUAAAUUCCCCUCACGGUUUUUGUCUGGGUUUCGAAGAAGAAAUAGUUGUUGCUGACACAUAUAACCAUCGAAUUCAGGCAAGUCUUUCCUUAACUUGUUAACGUUUCAUAGAUAUUCACGAAGCGUGGGGACUUUGUUUCAUUCUUUGGAGUCUCUGGGAGGGUGGAUGGCUUGAUGUGGUAUCCACGCAAAGUGGCAAUUAUCAGACAGAGUCAACGAUACGUGGUGUGUGAUCGUGGAAAUGAGCGGUCUCGUAUGCAGCUGUUUAGCCGGAGUGGCCAUUUUGUACGUCGUAUACCAAUCCGCUAUAUCGAUAUCGUUGCAGGGCUUGCAAUCAAUCAACAUGGACACAUUGUUGCUAUCGAUAGUGUAUCACCAUCAGUUUUUGUUGUGUCAGAGGAAGGAGAUCUUAUUCGUUGGUUUGAUUGCAGCAACCACAUGAGAGAACCGUCAGAUGUUGCGAUACAUGGUCGGGAGUAUUAUAUCUGCGAUUUCAAGGCACAUUGUGUUAUUGUUUUUCAAGAGGAUGGGUCAUUCAUACGUCGUAUAGGAGGCGAAUCAAUUACUGACUUUCCAAAUGGUAUAGAUGUUAGCGACCAUGGAGAUGUACUAGUUGGAGACUCACAUGGGAAUCGUUUCCAUAUUGCUGUAUUUAGUCGAUCAGGUGAGCUGCUGAGCGAAUUCGUCUGCAAUCAAACAAAAGUCAGUCGCUCUUGCUGUUUGAAAAUAACAACGGAGGGUUAUGUUGUUACACUUGCACGCAGCUCUAAUAAUGUUCUGGUCCUCAAUACUUUAUAUGUAUGUUAAUUAUGAUUCACAGCCGGUUAAUAUUCACAACACAGCCAGCAUACUUCCCAAGAUAUCGUUCUUCCACCCAUUCAUAGCAGUACAGCGUUUUACUCAACAUCAUGAUGUUUGGUUACUGUAAGUAUUCAUAAUUGUACUUUUUGGAAGGUUUCUAGUUUUCAUGCUUCAAGAGUCAUUUUCCCCCGUGAAUAUUUCGGGGUGCUCGUGAUAAUUUUUUUCGAUUUACAAUAUGUUUUUUCUGUUUAUUCAUGUUCAUUUUUUCUUAUCAGUUUUGUGAACUCUAAUUUCAACAGAGUUCGGCCUUUUCCCAUAUUUAUAUUGAUUGUUAUUAUUAUAUUAUUAUUGCUAUUAUUUAUUAUUAUUAUUUAUUAUUAUUAUUAUUACCAUUAUUAUUAAUAUUUCAUUUCUUGGCUCCGUUUACGGUUUCAAAAACCAUCGAAAAACUUCAUUUUACUGAAUUUUUUUUCGGUCUUAGAAACAUUAGAUAGCAUUUUAUCUGAAUUGUUUUCAUGGUAUUUUUGCAAUAUUUUUGAGAUUAUGGACUAUUGUUUUUUUCUUAUUGCAUCAUUUAUUUAGUCUCUUGUUUACCUAGUUUAGUGCACUAAGUCCGAUUUGUUUUCGGCGGUGCAUACUAAUGCUCGUAUGCAGAAUGAUGGAUUUUUUUUCAAGUGAUUACACACGUGCCUUUCAUAAAUUUCUUAACAUGACAAUUAGCUGUUUUCACGACCACUUUUACUUUAAUGUUGUGGUCUUGGAUUGCUCAUACUUCAGGCUCAGGCCGUUUUCAUAGUUUUCAACAUUCUUUUAUUAGUCAUGCAUUUGUUCCGUUGUUUUUGGCUCCUUAAAGGAUGUCUUUAUAAGUGAUUACUUUCCUUAUCCAUUCCGUUUUUCUGCGUUAAUCGCCAAUUAUUUCUUUGAUCCUAUUGACAACAGAAUUAUGUACCAAAAUCUCAGAGUUUAAUCUUUUUUAAUCGUCAGUGUCUAUCACUUUUGCAUUAUGAGGUGUUUCAUUUUUGUCUUUCUUUAAAGCUCCAGAAUAAUGAGUCCUGUUUUAGCAAUAAUUCCAUUUUGAUGUUUUGAAACGUACAAUUACUGUCACUUUUUCUCUAGAGGGUUCUGUAACAGUCUAUUUUAUGGCCUGUAAUGUGACUUGUAUUUCUCACCUGUCGGAUUAUUACAUGUUUUCUUUAUU